CUGGCGCGUAGCUCAUUCAAGCUCCUUUUAAGGGGCCUGGUCCCGCGUAGCCCCUUUCCUUGACAUCUGCACCUGUCUUCGUCAUCGGACACAGACCUCGAAAUGUUUGGCAACGGCUUGAUGUCGUGGCUUCGGCCCUCCGAGGCGACCGUGCGUGAAAGCAAAUGGGAUCCGGCGACCCUGACCAUGCAGUCUGCUGGCCCGUCAACGGAGCACGUUGUCACAGAGCAACCGCGCACUGGAGAGUCGAUGCAGCUGCAGAUCCGCGGUGGUGGUGAUGGAGAGGAUAUCUGCUGUGGAGUAUGCGCCGGUCUCUGCUGUUUUGAAUGCUGCGAAUGCUGCUGCGGAGGCGACGAUGGUCCCCCUGGCCCUCCAGGACCCCCGGGGCCUCCUUAAAUAGAACCGUGUCUCGCCAGGGAGGAUAUGCUCGAGCUUGGAUCUGUCAUUGUCCCGUGUUUGGUCAGCUGUCUUUUCCUGGCAACGAUUAUCCUGUACGGUGGUGGGUGACUGUGAUACUCCCUGUUAUGAUAGUAUCAAUUUAUACCUUCUCAGAA